CUAUCCACGAGGGGGGAUUAAUUAGCCAGGCUGAAGCUGGGGGAGGCUGUCGUGACGAGCCCAGUGGCGAUUGGCCGCCCGCCUGCCUGGCCCUGCCUUUAUAAUUUCCACACGAGUGCAUCUGGGCUUUUACACAAACCAACAGCAGCUUCUUCUGACAGACACACACUCACCCCGACACACACUCGGCACACUUUUCCUCCUUCUGAUUAACAGUCCUGCACACAACAUGAUUACGGGAAAACUUAAAUAAAUACGCAAAGGGUGAUUAUUUUGACUACUGGAAGAGCUUUGCUGGGAUUCAGCGCAACUUUUGUUUUUAUUACUGAGAAGGUGAUCUCUCCACGCGUCUCUCCCAGACACGGAUUCUUUAGCGGAGGAGAAAGUAGGAGAGUGCAGCCUUUCACUUUAAGACCGACUAGGCUCGCGGAUAAAAGGCCCGCCGGGCAGGGCGGCCUCUUCUGCAUCCUUUCCGAGAGAGGCUCGGUGCCUUUUACGCGUGGCCCCCUUUCACCUCCGAAGUUGGCUCCAGCACUAGCAGCCGCAUUGGAUCCCACAGCUUAUUGUGAGACUCCGGUGUACAAUCCGGAUCUCUGCCCCAACAUGAUCGCGGCCCAGGCAAAGCUGGUCUACCACCUGAAUAAGUACUACAACGAGAAAUGCCAAGCCAGGAAAGCUGCCAUCGCCAAAACCAUCCGGGAAGUCUGCAAAGUGGUAUCCGACGUCCUGAAGGAGGUGGAGGUGCAGGAACCGCGCUUCAUCAGCUCCCUCAACGAGAUGGACAACCGCUAUGAGGGCCUGGAGGUCAUCUCUCCCACCGAGUUCGAGGUGGUACUCUAUCUGAACCAGAUGGGGGUGUUUAACUUCGUGGACGACGGCUCGCUGCCUGGCUGCGCGGUGCUGAAGCUGAGCGACGGUCGCAAGAGGAGCAUGUCCCUCUGGGUAGAAUUCAUCACCGCCUCUGGCUACCUCUCAGCACGCAAAAUCCGCUCCAGGUUUCAGACGCUGGUGGCUCAGGCAGUGGAUAAGUGUAGCUACAGAGAUGUAGUAAAGAUGGUGGCUGACACAAGCGAAGUGAAACUGAGAAUCCGCGAUAGGUACGUGGUGCAGAUCACCCCGGCCUUUAAAUGCACGGGAAUCUGGCCGCGGAGUGCUGCCCACUGGCCGCUUCCCCACAUCCCAUGGCCGGGACCCAACCGGGUGGCAGAGGUCAAGGCCGAAGGGUUCAAUUUGUUGUCCAAGGAGUGCCACUCCCUGGCCGGCAAGCAGAGCUCCGCGGAGAGCGAUGCUUGGGUGUUGCAGUUUGCAGAGGCUGAGAACAGACUGCAAAUGGGGGGCUGCAGGAAGAAAUGUCUCUCUAUCCUGAAAACCCUACGCGACCGCCACCUGGAGUUGCCAGGACAGCCCCUCAACAACUACCACAUGAAAACUCUGGUGUCCUAUGAGUGUGAGAAGCAUCCCCGGGAGUCGGACUGGGACGAAUCUUGCCUGGGCGACCGGCUGAAUGGAAUUCUGCUGCAGCUCAUCUCAUGCCUGCAGUGCCGGCGGUGUCCCCACUACUUCUUACCAAACUUAGAUCUGUUUCAAGGCAAACCGCACUCAGCUCUGGAAAACGCUGCUAAACAAACGUGGCGACUUGCAAGAGAGAUCCUGACCAACCCAAAAAGUUUGGAAAAACUCUAGAGGAUGACCUAAUCCAGCCGACAAGAUCACUCUUCUCAAUGUCCCGACGAAACGAAAACUUCCUGGUUGAUUCCUAUUUAGUAUUUCCUGAGACAGUGCAAAAAUUAAAAAAAAAAUCUCUUCCUUUAAAAGGAGUAACAGCACAACAUUUACACAUCAUCUCACACAUCCCUAAAAGAGGAGGGAAUGGAGUAGGGAAACGGGAAAACCUAUACCACACAGGCAUCUCCCAUCUCCCCUGGAAAGUA